CAGGUCCCUAGCGCUGCUCUCCGGAGACAAAAGGGAGCUUGUUAUAUCUGUUGCCCCUCCCGCCAUUAGCAAACCGGACCGGUACCGGUACCAAACAUGUCUCGCUAGAAUUCGAGAGAGAUGUACAUGGAAUCACUUCUUUUUAUAGUUGCAGCUGUUUGUCAAAUAAGCGGCCGGUAGCAGCUGCCCACCAAGAAAAUGGCGGCUCUUGGUGCGCUGAGAGACAAGUCGGAAGUAAAAGCCAGCGCUCGUUUUAUUGGCUCAAACAGCGGAGAGGAGGGUGAAAAAGCCUAGUGCGUCCCAAUCUACUGCCCGGAUAGAGCUGAACUGUGAGGGACUCUGGGGAUUGUGUCCUGUGUCCCUGUAACUCCCUCCCCUGUGUCCCUGGCAUUGUCCCUCCCCUGCACUCACAUCUCCAGCCUGGGCUGCUGGGCCUCUCACAUUCCAGUGGAGGAUGCCCACUGACCAGUCGGAUAAUGACGCUGCUCCGAAAGUCAAGUUGGAGGAGACAGAGCUGGACACUAAGGAUCAUCUGGCUGCGAUACAGAUGGAAAUAGAUUCUGGUUCUGGUACUGAUGUACCGGAGAUAAAACCAGAAAAGCUUCAUGUAAAGGUGGAAAAAGAGGAGCUCGAUUCCUCAGAAGAUCCUCAGAACCAAGCAGAAAGCUCAGCAGGCACCGAUGGGGAACCAGAAUUAUUACAUAUAAAAAUAAAGGAGGAACAAUCAGACUCUGAUUAUUUCCAGAAGCCCAUUCAAAGUGCAGCAGUUCCACUUGCUGAUGUGGAUAAAGCACUGAAAAUAAAAUCAAAGAGUAAAGGAUCGGACAGUAAGGAUCAUGGAACUGCAAAAAAGAGUGGGAAGGAUUCAGGGAAAGGUGCCAAGAAGAAACGCCACAAGGGAUCUCAGGGGAUCAAAAUGCCCAACAAACUGAUCAUCGACACUGAGCGUCUGAUUAUUGAGAUACGGAAAAGGCCCUCCCUGUUUAACCCCUCCGACACUGACUUUGCCGACAAGCAGAAAAGGAGAGAAGCCUGGGAAGAGAUCUGUGUGGAGAUCAUCAAAGACUGGGCAGGGUCAUCCUCCAAAAUACAAGUGAAGUACUUAAACGAGAUUCGGAAGAGGUGGGUCACCUUACGGGACUACUUUCAGAAGGAACUCGAAGCCCCGACGAAGAAGAAUCGCAAUGGAUCCCGUUCGUCCCGGAAAAGCGCGUUCAUCUAUUUCAGCGACCUGCAGUUCCUGAAGCCCAUUAUGGAAGACAGCGAGACAUCUUUACAGGUGGACGAGGAAAUGUACGACGAGCCGAUAGAUGAGACGCCGGCAGCGAACUCUCCUGCUCCGACGGCUGAGGACGGGAACGCAGAACCAGCAAGGGGCCCGGCGCCAUUGAAUCCACAGUCUCCGGAGACCGAGAACAGUGACGGGGAAUAUGUAGGAGACGCGGCGUCUCUACAUCCGCUGUCCCCAGCCAGCGAGGAGAGCGUAAGGGAACGUGUGCGAGACAGACCCGCUCGCUAUCACCUGUCUCCGGAGAGAGGGGACGUGGCCCCCAGGCCGCGUGUAAGUGAGCCCCAGCCUUUCGCCGCCGGCAAACUCUCCAAGAAGAGGAAGCACAUUCACGAGGAAGAGGAGGAGGUCCCGGAGUUGCCAAAACCCAUCGCCUAUUUCAGGGACACUUCGGUGGAUGACGAGAGGGACGAGGAUCGGCUUUUCCUCCUGUCAUUACUAAAGACUCUCAAGAGAUUUUCUGCUUCUCAGAAACUGGAGAUCAAGCUGAAAAUGAGACAGACUGUGGCACGGGCAGCCAAGGAGGGGAGCCCUCAGCGCGCACACCCCCUGUACCCACACCCAUAUGCACAGUAUUCACACUCCUACACUCAGCAGCACUAUAUGCAACCGCAGUCGCAAUCUUCCUCUCCCUCUGACGCGCCGCGGCGUAUGCGCUCGCCAUACUCGCACAAUUACUCAGGCCCCAGUUAUGAAAAUGCUCCCAGGCAGAGCCCUCCCUUUCAGUCUUCUGCAGCAUACAGGUAAAUGGAUGGUAAAGAUGGAGGUUCCAGAUUUUCAUCAUUAAUUGAAAUUUAAGAGUAGGUUCAAAGCUGAAUCCAUUUGCUUUAGCCCCACCCCCUCAACAAGAUAAUGAUUCAGUCAACCCCUCUCUACCAGUACCUGCCAAACUACAAAGUUCUCUAUCUGAUGCUGGGCUGUUCUCCUCCCCAUGGUCAGGCAGAGGGGAGUGGCUUGGACCUUGGUAGGAAUGACUGGUUUUCACACUGCCCAAUAUCUGUGUUCCAGGGAAUGCAAUGCAAAGUAGUUCGAUGGUGAAAGAAGUCCCUGCAGUGGCCAAAACGUAUUGAACACCUUUACAGCCUUCAUGGAAAUACAAUGGGGAAAAUACUAUUGGAUUAGACCAAGUCCCACCCAUCUGAUUAUGGGAAAGGAACAGCCAAUUGCAGGGAUUUCAAAGGUUGUAGCACUGGAUUAAUUUAGCCAGACAGGGUUGGACUGGGCCGGGGGGGACCUGCUGACCCAAACCCAAUUCCCAUGGGGGGGGAGUGGGGGCCUCUGGGGCGGUAUCCCCGGGGAAGGGUUCUCAUGGAGCUGCCGCAGAUGGGCCCAGGUUUCUCCCUGGAUGUGCCCUGUAGAUGUAUAAAUUUAUAUCCGCAUCUUUUGUGUGUGUUUUUGCCCAACAAACGGGGCCAUUUUGUGUUCAUUAUUCGUACAGCCGGUUGGAUGUAGAAAACAGUUUAGUUUGUUAUUUAUAUUAAGUUUAAGUUUGAUAAUAAAAAACUCGAAUAGCGGAG